AUGGCGAGACCAGAAUACGGGACUGCCAAGCACGCGUCCAGCCAGAUGCGCAGGCGAGGGCUACAGAAAACCAAGUUCUACUGCCAAGUAUGUGAAAAGCAGUGCUUGGACGAGAACGGAUUUAAAUUGCAUAUACAGUCACCAUCUCAUAUCAAGAAGCUAAACUCGAAACUAGAAAAUUCGCACAACGACUCGAGGGCGCUUAUUGGAGAGUACUCGGGACGAUUUCUGGGCGAUUUUUUGCGUCUGCUCAGAAUAAACCACGGGGAAAAGCUCAUCGGAAGCAACAGAUUCUAUCAGGAGUACAUUAUGGACAAAAACCAUGUGCAUCUCAACUCCACGAGGUGGAAAAGUCUGACAUCCUUAGUGCUAUUUCUGAAACACCAAGGAUUGUGCAGGGUGGAAGAGAACGAGGAGUACGAGGAAUACGAUGCAGAACGCUACUCGAUAGCUUAUAUUGAUAAAAGUCCCAAAAAAGAGACCAAAGAGCUCAAAGUGCGCAGCGACGAGGAAGCUUCGUUGCGUGGACUGCAAGAGCAGAUAGAACGCGGAAAACAACUACAGGAAAGCUCGAAGCCAGAAACCCUAGAGACAACAACGCCGGGUCUGGAUAAUCAUGAUAAAAUAAAAAUAUCUAUGAACAAGCCUAUCAAUAAGUGCGGCAUGAAAAUCGUGCCGGGAGUCGGACACGCUGUGGCGCCACAGGUGCGUAAAAGCUCCAAACUCAAAAGUCGCAUCGCUGCGAAAAACGUGUUAGAAUGA